AUGGAUUCAAGCUUGGAGCGGAUAGAAUCCCAGGAGAUCCAACAAAUCAACGCAUCCGCUCUGGCAGAAGAAUUACAGAGACUUGUGGAGACCACGGGCUGGAAGUUCAUGCAGGAAAAAUAUAACGAGCUAAGUUACAACGAGGAAAAAGUGGAUGGACAAACCGUGACAAACCAGAUAGCGGAAUCAAUUGGCAACCGCAUUAAAGAUAUGAACAGUGCUCUUCUGAUCUUAAAACGAAGUGUUGAUGAAACCUUCACCAGAAUGACGUCAUCAAACCCUUACGUUUCAAAGAACGAGGCAUGCGUAAGCCACCCAAGCUAUGUCAACCCGAGUGAUCUGAAAUAUCCCACUAAGGAUGUGUUGGAAAAAAUGAUGAAUAAUCAUAAAUCUAUCAGAAUAAUACAAAACCAGUAUCUUGGACUAAAUUCUGGGUUGGUCUUUUUCUAUCCGGCGACCAAGCUUGUAGGUUGUGAAAGCUACGAUCCAAGGUUCAGACCGUAUUACGUAUCGAGCACCUCUUAUAAGCCCAGGGAUGUGGUGGUGGUGUUGGAUGUUUCAACCUCAAUGAUGGGAUUAAAACUGUAUGAAGCCAGACAAGCCGUAAUCACUGUUAUGGAAACACUGAGUCCAGAGGACAGGAUUGGAAUUGUGGUAUUUAACAAUACUGCACACACACCAAAUUCAUGCUACGGCGAAAUGUUAGUACCUGCUACCAGAACAACAAAACAAUACCUCGAAGGUUUCAUCAGCUCAGUUGGCACAAGUGAAGGAUCCAACUAUGCAGCAGGACUACACCAGGUGAUUUUAUUUGUGACUGAUGGAGACAACACAGGGGAGGACAAUCCGCUAGAAGUCAUUAGGGAAAAGAACAGUCAGCUUCAAAAUCGAGUGGUUAUCCAUACAUACGGUGUAGGGACAGGUCUGAGUAGCCAUGUAAGAGAGUUAUUGAGGAAUAUGUCCACUCAAGUCUUGAAUAAGGAGUCAUUUGGGUCCAUUAGGAAUGGAAGUUGCACUAUUAUUCAGGAUCUCAAGGGAUCCUCUCUAAGAGAGGCCAUGGGGAUGUAUUACAAUAGCACCGGUAUACCUAUAUCACAGAUUCCGACAUAUACCCUUCCUUAUAAAGAUUUUAUAAGCAAAGAGUUUGUGAUUUCGGGCUGUUUACCCAUUGGGCACAAAGGACAGUUUAUCGGUGUAGUAUGUGCAGACAUUCGCUUGAGUGAGCUUGUCUCAGAGAUAACUUAUUUACAACGUGGACAACAUUCUUACGCAUUUAUCAUCGAUGGCAAAGAGCGAACUCUGGUGCAUCCGCUUUUUCCAGAUCCGCGUGAUGCAUACACAAAAAGCUAUGACGUCAAUAACAUCUACAACUUUGAAACUUCCGGAGAUGUUGAGCAAGUAAUAACUUCGAUGAAAAAGAAAGUAACAGUUUUCGUGGGUCAGAGUGGUCAUAAACUUUUACAAACGACAAUGAUAGAGAGUAGAGGCGAUAGACUUAGAGACGGGGACUUGUCAAGUACAAUUGACGCUUUAUAUACAUGGACCCCGAUAAAUGUAAGAGGAAGUAACUUGUCCUUGUGUGUUGUGAUGGAGUGGAAUGGUACUAUAAAGACCCUAAAAACUCUGAGUCCUAAAAAAGGGGAUUUUUUGUAUCAUCGCUGGGAUUUAACAAAAUGGCCAACAGUAGCAUGUAGACAUUUCAACAGAUAUGCAACUAAGGAGAAGACAACAAUCAAGUUUACGGGAGAUGCAUACGAGAGUAUUUAUAGCUAUAUAAAUGCAAAAGAAACUGAGGCUGAAGUUCACCUAUACGAACAAUAUAUAUCUGGUGUUAUCCAAAGCAAUCCUGGAUUCAAGAAAUCGGCGAUAAACUCCAUUAGAGCCACCUCUCCAAUCGAACAUUUUUGGAGAAUAGGUUCUCGUCACGGAUCUCAGCUGAUAUGGCGAUACGUGAUGACAGAAGCCGGUAUAGAGAGGAUUUACCCAGGGGUCCGAUUACCUGAUGAUUACGACCACAAACUGAGGCCCUGGUAUCGAAAAACAUUAUCACAGAAAACAGUCAACGUUGUGUCUCCGCCGUAUGAGGAUUUGGGAGGAAUGGGGAGGGUCAUCACUUUGUCACGCACCAUUCUAAUAGGAAGGAACAAUGGUAAGGGAGAAGCCGUGGUGGGAGCGGAUCUCUCCGUUUAUUUCCUUCAUCAGAUCCUACUAGAUUUGUAUCCUGUGUGUAGGAAUAGGACAGAAUUCAGCUGUAUCGUAAUAGACGAUAGCGGGUUUUUGGUGAUGCAUCCAUACUUCACAGAGACAAUGAAUGGGGCCAGGAAUCCGAUUCACAUUACCCACAAGGAAAUGCGGAUUUCCAGAUCUCUGACGUCAGAGGGGAUACUAUACAGACAGCCAUGCAGAGAUAUUGAAAAUAAAAAGGAACAGAUUACAUUCAGAGUAAAAUUGCCACCGUCCAAGACAAAUGGUAUUACGAACAACGCAGAGGGAUAUGAACUUCGCCCUGUCCCAAUGUCAAACCUGUUUCUUAUAUUAAAACGCAGACAUAUGCAAGAAGAAAUACCAUGUUGCAAGGAUCCCUCUCUUCCACCAAAUGAGGUAGUGUGUCCAUCAGACACGUGCCUAUGCCUCUGUUAUAAACGCUUAAAAUUCAACGACUGUGAAAAUAAGUACCAAAAUAAGGACACAGCAGUACCGUGCAGUCAUGAAGUUCCAAAAGUGACAUCUGUUAGCGCCAGUGAGAUAAGCAAAAUCACCAACCUUGGUCGGUGUUUAGCGCUCAAUUGUUCAUGCAGGAAAACAGAGAGCACUCUAGUUACUUCUGAUCAGCGUUCAUUACCAGUCACUCUAGUUACUUCUGAUCAGCGUUCAUUACAAGUACCAGUCAAUCUAGUUACUUCUGAUCAGCGUUCAUUACCAGUCACUCUAGUUACUUCUGAUCAGCGUUCAUUACCAGUCACUCUAGUUACUUCUGAUCAGCGAUCAUUACCAGUCACUCUAGUUACUUCUAACACAUUGAUCAUUACCAAGCACUCUAUUUACUUCGAACAUGAUGAUGAAUUCUAG